AGUUUUGUCAAAAUUGUAGGUAAUCUGAAUUGGGGCAAACCCAACCUAACAUACUCCACACACCCAACGAUCGAAGUGUUGCAGUGGUGAAUGCUUUUGGUAAGUGACGGGUAGUUGAGGAAGCAGGUGUCUGUCAUGUCACAAAUUGGAACUAUGUUUCUCAAAUGCUUUGGCCACACAAGUUCAUCUCAAAGACGGUAUCCAACGAUAAUACAAGAGCUCUGCCAUCAAUUUUCUUUGUCUGAUCUCAGGAAAUCAACCAACAAUUUUGACGAAGAGAGAGUAAUUGGACGUGGAGCAUUUAGUAUAAUAUAUAAAGGUUGCCUCCAACGUGAUGACGCUUCUGAUUAUCUGGUCGCAGUGAAGCGAUUUAAAGAGGAAAACAGUACAGUGUUCAAGACUGAAAUAGAGUUGCUCUGCCAGCUUCGUCACCCUAAUAUUGUCUCUCUUAUAGGAUUCUGCAACCAUGAAAAUGACAAGAUUAUUGUGUAUGAGUACAUGUCCAACGGAUCUCUCUAUGAAUGCCUAGAGCGUGGGAAACUGACAUGGAAGAAAAGGGUAGAGAUCUUCAUUGGAGCAGCGCGUGGACUACACUACCUUCACGCCGGAUUAAAGCGCUCCAUCUUUCACUGUAUUCUCAGUCCCAGUACAAUUCUUUUGGAUGCCAACAUGAAGCCAAAACUCGCAGGUUUCGGCCUUAGCAUACAGGGAGCACGGUUUGAUUCAAAGCCAAAACAAAUUAAUGGAGACCAUAUUAUGGGCAUACUUGGCUACAUGCCUUUGGAGUAUGUCAUUGACGGUACGGUCACAGAUAAAUGGGAUGUUUUCUCAUUUGGUAUGGCUCUACUGCAAGUUGUGUGUGGAAUGCAUUAUUUAGUGAUCUCAAUGGAAAGGGAACUUCUGGAGAAGUCGGUUGAGGAGAAUAUUGAUCUGAAUAUCAAAGGAAAGAUUGCACCAGAGUGCUGGCGCGUCUUUGCGGAUAUCAUGGUAAGAUGCUUGGAUUAUGAACCAGCUGAGCGACCAACAAUAGGUGAAGUAGAGGUGGAACUUGAGCAUGUUCUGUCCUUGCAAGAACAAGCAGAUAUCACAAACACCCACACUGAAUAUACCUUAUUGUCUAGAACCAUUAUUCCCCGGGCCUUUGGGAUUGAAAUGAAACUGUAAUCCAACGCAGAAGAUGGUGAUAUUCAAGAAAUCGAAUGGACGAAAGGAUCGGGAAGUUGCAACCAAACGCAUAAAAGAAACAAUAUGUAAAGAUUGGAUUGCAGAGCAAAGGGUAUCCAACAGUAAUCGAAGAGCUGUGCCGUCCAUUUUCAGUCUGAUCUUAAGAAAGCAACCAACAACUUUGAUCAAAACAGACUAAUUACAAAAGGAGCAUAUGCUAAAGUAUACAAAGGUUAUUUCCGACAUAAUGAUGCUUCUCAUUAUGAAGUCGCAGUGAAGCGAUUUAAUGUGGAAAGCACUCGUGAAUGGGAAGAAGAGUUGAAGAACGAAAUAGGGUUGCUCUGCCAGCUUCCUCACCCUAAUAUCAUCUCUCUUAUAGGAUUUUGCAACCUCAAAGAUGAGAAGAUUGGUGUGUUCGAGUACAUGUCCAAUGGAUCUCUAGAUCAACACAUACAAGCACUGUCAUGUAAGAAAAUUCUAGAGAUCUGCAUUGGAGCAGCGCGUGGACUACACUACCUUCACGCCGGAGCAAAGGUCACCAUUUUUCACUGUAACACCAAAUCUUAAAACAUUGUUUUGGAUCACAACAUGCACCCAAAACUCACGGAUUUCAGCCUUAGCAUACAGGGUGCACGUUUUACGUCAAAGCCUAAGCCAAUUAAAGUAUAUACUGCAGUCUUUAUAGAUAUCACCCUAAGAUGUGUGAAGCAUGAUGCGGAUGAGAGACCAACAAUGGGUGAAGUAGAGGUGGAACUUGAGCAUGUUCUGUCCUUGCAGGAACAAGCAGAAAUCACAAACACUGAUGCUCAUUAUAUCUUAUUGUCCAAAACCAUUAUUAAGCGAUACAAGCAACGGGAAGAUAUCAUACAAACCGAUACUUAUGGUAGCUUGGAAAGUCAGCCAUUCAUAAAAGACGAUUCAUAGUCUUAAGAGUACGUGAGAUUGCAAAUAGAGUUUGGCCACAAGCCACUGAAGUGAAAUAUAGCAGAUUUUAUACCGUGCAAUUCACAGGUUAAGAGAAGAGAAAUCAAGACAAAGAGAAGAAAUGAAGUUCAAAAAGACGGAUGGAAGAAAAUAUGUUUAUCUCUAUCAACUCAAAAAGGCUAAAGCUAUAUCAGAAGGGCUUAAGCCAUUCCAGAGACAUUAAGAUUACAAUCUGCCAAAAAAGGGCUUAAGCCAUUCCAGAAGAGCUUAAGCUAUCUCAAUUCCUUCAGGGUGAAGUAUUUAAAAAAGGCUUAAGUUAUUUCAGAAAGGCUUAAGCCAUUUCAAUUCCUUCAUGGUUAAGUAUUUAAAAAAGGGCUAUAGCCGAUCAGAAAUAGCUUAAGCCAAUUUGUGGCAGUAAAUGUCCCCUUGUUAUAAACCAUAACAUAUAAAAGGGGGAAGACCAGAGGAGCUUUUGGGAAGAAACGACACACUUGAACCAUCUCUUUCUCUCUAGCCUCGAGAUCAUCCAAGUUGAAGAUUUUGGUGGUGAUUCCGACGUUUCGGGAACGGAACGACGACAAUUUCUACUAGAUUCUUCUUCUUCUUCUAAUUUUGUUGGUUGGCUCUCAUGGAAAUGAGUAGCUGAUCUUUUCCUUUUGGGAUUGGAUGUAACCUCUUCCACCUUAAUGUAACUCUUGACUUUCACAUAUAUGUUAUGAUCUCUUCUACUUAUUAGUGAUUCA